CGGCCGGGGCGCGGGCGGCGCGGCGCUCGGGAAGCGGGCCCAGGCCCGCGGAGCCCGGAGGGGCAGGGCGGGGCGAGGCGGCCGAGGGAGGCCCAGCCCGACCCGGCGCCCGGUGGCCCCACCGGCACAACCGGGCGCCCGGGGGCUGGCCAGGCUGCUAGCCGAGGGCCAGCGGGCGGGAGGCGGCGGAGCGGAGCGGAGGCUGCGAGCCCCGUGCGCCCCGGCCCGCCGGGCCCGCCGCGCGCUCCCUCCCCUCGUCUCUCCUCGCCUCGCCUCCUCCUCUUGCUCUUCUCGCCUCCUCUCCUCCGCCCGGCGCCGCUCCCGCCCUCGCCCGGCCGCCAGACCCAGCCCGGCCGGGCCCCCUGCCCCGCGCUCCCUCGGCCCGGCCCGGCGGGGACCUGGUCCCCGCGGCCAACACCGCCCCUCCCCCCGGGGCCCGGCGAUUCCGGACCUUUCCGACCGUGGACUGAGCCGCGGGAGUGUUGUCGCCCCCGGAGGACCCCGGGGCUAGGCUGAGCAGACCCUCGCGGCCGCUCCGGACGCCGCAGGUGCCGGAGCGCGGUCAUUCGGGGUCCGGGCUGAGCGCGCCCCGGGCGCCCACGGGUGCCAGCUCACUCCGGGCAGGGCAGGGCAGACCCCGGCGGAGCCCGGAGCCGGCCGAUCUGGACUGGACAGAGCGAAUUCAGGACGGUGCCGAGCCCCGGGAAUGCCGGGCGUGGGCUGAAGGGAUCCCGGCGCCCUCCGAUCCCUCAGACUUUGGCUUGCGUGCUGGGACCGGACCGGCGUCGCCUCGGUCGCCCUGUGCCCGGUUCACCUGUGGCCUCAGAGCCCCGGACCCGCCGGACCCUUGCUCAUUCCCCACCAGAGCCCGGCGGGGGUUGGGAGAGAUUUUUCCUGGCCUCUUCUUUGGAGCGUGGAGGCCCCGCCCCCUCCCACCGUCCAGAUGUCUCCAGUGGCGGCUCUGAGGACCUCCUUGAGGCCAAGGGCCGAAGGGUCCAGAGAGAGAAGCCCGCCCUAGGGAGCCUUGGGGGCCCCCCAACCUCGCCUUGGGACUUGGCCCCCGACGCUGCGCGGAAGGAAGGCCGGUGCCCCCACUGCCCUCCUUGGGGGCUGCCCUCCUCCAAUCCAGCUCCCUUCCCAGAGCCACCCACAUCUGGAGCCCCCUUCACAUCUGGAAGACCCCAGCCACCAUCCCUCUGCAGGUGUCAGUUGCAUCUCGAGACCUCUGCCUUUGCAAUUUCCUAGGAGUUGUGAGGGGAUUACUGCUGCCUUCCGCCCAUCCCAAGGGCAUCUCUUACCCUUAGUCCCUGCAGAGUCAUCCCCCUGCCUCUGUGUCCAGCUCAGCAUACCCACAGGCACUUCAAGUCCUAGAGGCCACUCCUGAGACCCAAGGCCCCUCCCCCUGCUCUCCUGUGUCCUCACCUUGACCCCCUUGGUCAGACUCUGUCUCCCUCUGGGUGUCCCAUUCCCCACCCAGAGGUAGAGGAGGCGGGGUGGCAGGGGGCAGGGGCUGGGUGAGGGCCACCCAGGGCCAGGGUGGGCUAGGGGGCCGUUAAGAUGUGGAGCUCUGCCCGGCUGAGGGGGGCUCCGUGGAGGCAGACGCAGCGUGUGCCCGGCUGGGGGGAGUAUGGGCAGGCCUGCGGCCACGUGGUAAAGGAUGAACAUUCGGGGCACCCCGGACCUCGGGCAGCCCAGUGACGACCCCAGCAGUGGUGGUGAGCGGGAGCGGAUUCGACAGCGCAUGAAGAUGGUCAUUGGGCAGCUGGAGGACAUACUGCGGGAGCUCAAGGAGGUGGCCAAGGAGCUAAGGGAGGUGGUGAGCCAGAUCGAUAAGCUAACCUCGGACUUCGACUUCGAACUGGAGCCAGAUGACUGGACCACAGCCACCGUGAGCAGCACCUCCAGCAGCGACAAGGCGGGCGUGGGCGGCCCCUUUGACCUGGGCCACCUGGACUUUAUGACAGCUGACAUCCUCUCGGAUAGCUGGGAGUUCUGCUCCUUCCUGGACGUCUCCACCCCCUCAGACUCCGUGGACGGCCCCGAGUCGACCCGGCCGGGGGCUGGCCCUGACUACCGGCUCAUGAAUGGCGGCAUGCCCAUCCCCAACGGGCCCCGGGUGGAGACCCCGGACUCCUCCAGCGAGGAGGCCUUCAGCGCUGGCCCUGUGAAGGGCCAGCUGCCCCAGCGGACCCCGGGCACGCGGGAGAGGGUGCGGUUCAGCGACAAAGUGCUCUACCAUGCUCUGUGCUGUGACGACGAGGAGGGGGACGGCGAGGAGGAGGUGGGCCUCUCCCCGGAGCCUCCCCACACAGAGGCCCACGCGGGCCCCCUCAAGCCCUCCCCGGCUCCCUACAAGCCGAGGCGCUCUCCACUGACUGGCCGCCGCUCAGGCCCCACCUUGGCCCCCGAGCAGACCCGAAGGGUCACAAGAAACAGCAGCACCCAAACGGUGUCAGACAAGAGCACUCAGACGGUGCUGCCCUACAUGGCCACCAGACAGAAAGCCAAGGGGAAAAACUAGGGGCCGGGGAGGGAGCUGGGGGGCGGUGGGCACAUAGAGCUAUAAAUAUAUAUAUAUAUUUAAACAAACACAGUCAUAAUAAAAUUUUAAAAUGCUAAGGAUCCGGCCCCACAGGCCCCAAAGCUUUCACAGAGCUCAUCGUAGACACAGAGAUGCCUACUCACGUCUUAGGUCUCAGGAAGUGUGGCCAGAGCUACCCUCCCUUCCUUCUCAUGGCAGGGCUCCUGAAGAGGGUGUCCAAAAGUGUGUAGGUGAGGCGGGGGAGGUCUUACCUGGGACUCCUCUUGCAGACCCCAGAGCACGGUGGUGGAGUCUGGCUGCCGGCCUGGGCCUUGUCCUGGAGGGGAUUCAUGAGUAGGAGGCAGGCAGGCAGGUGAGUAGGAGCAGUGUCCAAACCCAGGGCUAACGGUUGGUGUAAUUUGGAGGAGACUGCAGGACCGAGGGCCUGGGGGUAGCAUCACUCCAGCUGGGCCCAGGAUCACUCACAUCCCCGUGCCUUUUACUCUGAGGCUGACUUUUGCCUCUGCUUCCCAAAGGCAAACUUACCUGGAUAUAUACAGUCCCACCCUCCUCCCAUCUCAGGGUUGCCCAGCACAUAGAGAAGGAACAAGCUCUUCCCAGGCGCGGGCCUCCAUGCUGGGAAGCUGGGCUUCCACAGACCCUGGAGGGCCAGGCUGGACUGGGCCGAGAUCUGUUUGGAGAGCCUAGACCACUCCUGAUCCUUUCAGCUCCCAUGCUCAGCCUUGACCUCUAGGGAUCAAAGACUCAGGGCAGAAUCUCAGUCAGCCCCUGCUUAGCCCUGAGCAGACCUGAGGUCCACAUGAGAAAGCAGGCAGCCACCGCCGUGGGGCUGUGAACCAGAGCCGUAGACAGGCUCCCGGCCCCCUUCACCAGGCAGGCAGCCCUGGAGAGGAGUCCAGUGGCCCUACUCUGUCCCUGCCUCUCCACACUGGGACCCUGAGCCCAGCUUAGCAGGUCUUGAAUGACACCAACAGAGACAAGAUGGGAGCCUAGAGGUAACAACAGGGCUUCAUCCGGGCCGUGGCCGACACAGGGACAGCAUCUGAGUAUUCUUGGGAUAAUAACCACAGUCAUUGCUCACAUUUAUUGAGCAGGUCCCUAUGCGACUACUAUGCCGAGGUCGUUUUACAGCAUUAUCUCAUUUAAUCUUCACGAUAACCCAACAAGAUAGGAACUAUCACUAUCCCCAUUUUUCACGAGAAGACUGAGGUUCAGAGAGGUUAGGUAACUGGUCCAAAGUCACAGAGCCUGUGCCACUCUGCCCACCAUGAGCAUGUGGUUUCCAGGUUAUACCUGGCUCUUCUAUCUAGCAGCAGUGUGACCCUGAGCAAAUCCAUUUGCCUCUCUGAGCCUAUCUACCUCAUCUAUAAAAUAGGUCUGAUAGUCUUCGCCUACCUCAUUGGGGGCUAUGGGGCUUUGACAAAAUGCGGAAUGUGAAAGCAGUUGGUAAGCACCAAGGCACUGGACAUGCAUUGUGGUCAGUGCAACCCAACCCAGAUUCCAGUGUUUUCCAGGUGGGGAGUCCUGAAUGGAGUGGGCAAAGAAGCCACUCCCAUCGAAUGGGAGCUGUCCCUGGGUCACUGCUUCACUUUGUCCCCCACAGCAGCUUGAGUUCCGGAGAUCGCGGCAGCUCGCUUCACUGCGCCUCGCUCAGAUCAGGGAGGUAAGGACGCCACUCCUUGGGGACCCCCCUGCUGCACAUGGGGGCCCAGGAGGGCCUGACCGGCAACAUGGCAGCACCUACUGCCCCUGCCUGAGGGGCCAGAGGAGGCGCUGUUCAGUCGCAGCAGUGCAGGAGCUAGAGAUUGUGCAGGCCAGUCGAGCAGAUGCUGGGGAUGUUAUCAGGAUGAGAUGGGCCAGGCCUAGGGCGCAUGCUUUGCAGUGUUGGAAUCUCCCCUCAGCCUAGGGGUUAAAGUCAAAGCCCUAAAGAUGUGAGCCAAGGUGCAGCCUCCAGGGUGGAAAUCCAGGGGUGUGGUGGACCGUGGCUAGCUCUCUCCAGCCCAGGCUUGAGAGCCAGGGGUCUGAGCUCCUUUAUCAGCCCCAGGAAGUUCUCAGGCAGUUGGGGCUGAUCAAUGAUGGGACCCUGGCUCACAGGAUGAAUGCCAGGGGCCCAGGGCCAGCUGGGUUCUGCCCUAUCUGACAGUGAGGAGGGAGCAAUCCAGGGCAGCCCCACCCCACCCCAGACAUGGGCACACCUAGCUCUGAAGGAAGACAUCCAGUUCUACCUCCAACCCUUGAUUUUCUUUUCCAAUGGCAAGAUUGGUUUCAGCCUUACAGUUUUUCAUCUUUACAACAGGGAAAAGAAACCUACAGAAUAGUAUCCAUUUCACCAAGGAAGAAACAGACCCAGGGCCAGGGAUCUCUGACAGAGCCCUGGGUAAGGCAUUGUCCUUUCCUGGUAGCCCCCUCUCCACCCCCCACUCUGGCUCUCUGUGAUUGCAUGUGGUCGUGGCUAACAUCCAUCAGUUAGCCAGACCUGUUCCCUGGUCCACCACCUGACUACUUGCCCCAAAUAGGGCAGAGGUGUGAGGGCGUCCUGGAAGAGGGGAAAGUGGGUAUUUGUUCUGGAAGGCCCCCCAAAUUACUGGUCUUCCUUCAUAAUUAUGCCACAUCCAGUCCAGGCCUCGCUGAAAGUGGAGUGUGACCCCCGUGGCUUUCUUAUGACUUGAAAUGCAGAACGUGGCCACCUAGGGAAAGAACUAGGACAGUCAGCGUUGUUGAGCCACUGAACCUGCUGCUUCUGAGUAGUGAGCUUCCCGUUCUUGAGCAGACGCUGCCAUCCCUGAGGCCUUCCCCUCGAUCUUCCUGCUUCUCCGGGCACAGACCCUCCCUGCUCUUCCCCACCUCCGCGCCUUUGCUGGUUUCUGGGUUUCCUUACCCAGAAUGUCCCAUCAGAUCUCCCUGUUUCCAAGAGGUCUUAUUUCACUGACCACCUCCUGUGCGCUCGGGCUUGUGCUGGCCGGUGCUGUGGAGGAGACAGAGGGAGGUAAGCACUUGUGACACAAGAGUGAGACAAGAGUCGUAGUUACAGCUCACGUUCAUCGAGCACAUGCUAUGCACUGGGUGUUGCUCUAAACAUGUGCCUCAUCUCAUUUAUUCCUCACAGCAAAUAUGAGAUAAGCACUUUUAUUUAUGCCUGUUUUCCAGAUGAGGCAACUGAGGCUCUGAGAAGUUAAAUAAUUUGCCUAAGGGCACAGGAUGGGUUAUGGCACUGGGAUUCAACCUCGAAGUCAAUGACUCAGCACUCGAACAUCUGCUGCAGUCAAAAUCCGUGGUGGAGUCAGUGCUCUGGUCUCUGGGGGUGAGGGAGGGGCCUGGUGCUCUAAGAGCCAGGUGGGCCUGGGGCUGUUAGGAGCAGGAAACCUGUGAAUGCCAUUCAGUCUUUGGAGAGCUUGGCUACUGUUAACCUGAAUGUCACAGCCCUUGACACAGAGCCUGGAACCAAACGGAUUAUGAGUUCAAUAAAUGUUUGUUGAAUGAA